AUGGCAGAAGAGCACGAUGCCACUGCCAGCGUCGAUAGUGGUUCCACCCAUGAAACAGGCCAAUCUGCAGCUACUCCGUCGGCAUUCAUUGUUGAAUGCAGACGAUAUACUGACCUCGAGCUCGCACGAUCGGCCUACGACAACUUCUUGUUAUCGUUUCUCAAAAGCCACACAGGCCGGAUCUACAUGAAACCUUGGUGGCUGCUGGUGCUCAAUUUCCUUGCCCAGUAUGUCGUCGUGUAUCUGUUGUGGCAGAAGAUUAACGGAUCUGAGCGGGAUGCAGACGUGGUCCUGCUCGACCGCUUUGGCGGCGAAGGGACGAGCUUGUGCUUCGAGGUGACGGCUGGCGUUGGGCCCUUCAAUCCUGGACGAUCCGGCUUGAGUUGUUCCUCCGAUGAGGUCGUGCUGCUGACGAAUUUCAGCAUGCUGGACUUGGACGGGGAUGGACAUUGGACUUAUGACGAGGCUGAGCGACUGGAUGCCCAGUAUGCAAGCGCGACCAGACGUCAUGUCGAUAUGUCUUCGGUGUAUGAAAGGGUCUUCACAGCCUUCCAAGCUAAUGCUGACGGCCUGGUUCUACCGUGUGAAAUCAACGAUACACUUCAAGCAUUUUGGAGAAAAGACGGCUUCUGGUAUGAUGCAACGCUUGAAGCAGUGGAUAGUGGCGACUAUGCCCUGGUUUGGUACUUCGGUGACAACGAUACAUCUUACGUGAAGAAGAGCGAGCUGCGUAAGACCGUGGGCGACUCGUUUUUCAAGUGCAGUUUGCCGAAGUGCAUUGACACGGAUGCAGGGGCCGUCGACACAGACGGGUCCACUUGCGUAGAUUAUGAAACGUUCUUUGGUGAAUGUGGCGAGCGCCGCUACGACGAUGAAGACUUCCAUCUAGACAAGCUUUGCUGUCUGUGUGGGGGCGGCACCACGAGUCUGACGCUGGCUGGAAUUGGCCAUUUGCCUGUCAACGUGUCCACGGAGCAGAUGACGAAGCCUCCGCAGCCAGGGCGGCCAGCGUCGGGAUAUAGGAGCUGUGUCCAAGAAGCGGAAACCAUCGAAAGUCAGGCAGCCUGCGUUCGGGAACUCACUUUCUUCCCCAAGGCUCUAUAUGAGCGAGAGCUCGCACCAUUUGUUGCCUUUUGCCUCUUGCCGGACCCGGAUCUUUGUGGCGGUGUGGAAGGCGAUAAGUUCCCGAUCUAUUGGAACAACUCGACCCCUUUCUCCAAGCCUGUGCUUUUCCAAGAAUUGGGCAUCGAUCGGUUGGGCGACAUCAACACUCGGGAGACCACACACGUGGAAUUGUCUGCAACGUUUGUUGUUGUUCUUGCUAGUUGCUGCCAAAACAUGAAGCGGAGCAGGAGAAGAGUAGCGGUGGUAGUAGUAGCAGUGACGUAG